AUGGACGGUACUUGGGAGAGAUUAAAGGUGCUGUUUCCAGUCAUAAGCAGUUCUCUAGCAGAAUCGGAAGUUACAAAAGAAAAUAUUGACUCAAUUUAUCUGGAAUUAGUGUCAUUAGGUGUACUGGAAGAAGUUUCUCAAUUAAUUUGUAUUGAAAUAGAUAAAACGUUGCAAACGCAAGUAGUUCCUGAGUUUUGGAAGAUAUUUGACACUAAUUUAGAUGCGCAAUCUGAUAAUCAAGCUAGAGAAAGAUGUGAAUUUCAGCUGUUUCGGACCACAGUUUUGCAGCUAUAUAAAAAAUUUCAAAUAAUCAAUCGAAUGCUCGAACGACUGAAAUAUCUUUAUGAGAAAUCAGGAACAAAAUUCAUUUAUAAUUUUGAUGAAAUAUUCAAGUCAGUCUUACUGUCUCAACUUCCAAAUAAUUUUACCAAACUUGUGUAUUCAUUUUAUCAUAUAUCCUUUAACGUAUUCAUAAAUACAAAAGCUGAGGAGGAUGACGAUGAUGAUGAUAUGGAUCAAUUGAGAGAGCGAGAUGACUGUGAUGGAUGUGAAAUGCCUACAGCUAGAUGCCAAUGUCAAGAACUAGUUACUGCAUUUGGAGAAAUUAACUUGUGUCUCACAAGAAUGGGCUUAUUAGAUAGAAUCUCUGGAUACACGCUAACCAAUCUCAUUCAGGAUGAAAUUUAUGGACACAUACAAAAGACAUGUAGAGGCAUUUUUGAUACACAGCAUCUUAAAAAUCUUGAGAAAUGGCUCGACACAAUCGUGCUUGAAUGGCUCACAAGAAUUUUCAAUAAUGGCUCAGCAAAACUGGAUCCUUCAAAUCUUAAAAUUCGUGAAUCCAUCAGUUAUUUUCAAAAGAAAUUAAAGUACCUUUUGUAUGAAAAAUAUGCCAAAACCAUUAUAGAUCAGUUUUUCAACAUUAUUAUAGAAUUUCCUGAUUCACAGCCAGCUAUAGAUGAUCUAAAAUUGUGCAUGGAAAAAUUGGAUUUAAGAGCACAUCUAGUUGAAGUUCUGAAGAACUCACUAGAAACAAGAUUAUUACAUCAAGGUGUUGAAACGAGUGACAUAAUAACUGGAUAUGUAGCAACUAUUAAGACUAUGAGACAUCUUGAAAAAAGUGGAAUUCUUCUUCAAACUGUCACUGAGCCAGUAAAAGAAUAUUUAAGAAAAUGUCGACAGGAUACAGUUAGAUGUGUAGUGACAAGUUUAAUUGAAGAGACUCCUUCAGAUCUUUCAGAGGAACUGGCAAGAAGUGAGGCAAUCAAGGCUGAAGAAAAUGAAAGAAAUCAAGAUGAAAUGAAUAAUUGGCAAGAUUGGACUCCAGAUCCAGUUGAUGCUCUUGAUAGCGAUAAGAACUCGGCACAAAACCGAAGAUCAGAUAUUAUUUCAAUGAUCGUUGAUAUUUAUGGCAGCAAGGAAUUAUUUGUUAAUGAAUAUCGGAAUUUACUAGCUGAUCGUCUUCUUACACAACUUGAUUUUAAUCCAGAAAAGGAAAUCAGAAACUUGGAACUUCUUAAAUUGAGAUUCGGUGAAAAUUUAUUACAUAGCUGUGAAGUAAUGCUAAAGGACAUUAGUGACUCAAAACGAAUUAAUUCUCAUAUUUUAGAAUGUAGUACAUUCACAUCAGAAGAAACACCAAAUGAUCCAGCAGUGUCUGCCUUAAUUGUAUCUUCACAAUUUUGGCCAAUGUUUAAGAAAGAAUCGAUGGAAUUGCCAGAAGAGAUUAAUAAACUCUUUGAAAGAUAUAAGAAAUCAUAUGAGGAAUAUAAAGGAAAUCGAACGUUGUGCUGGACACCAUUAAAUGGAAAGGUUAACAUUGAAAUUGAAAUAAAUGACAAAAAAUUAGACAUGACAGUUAACCCGGCUCAAGCCACAAUUAUUAUGCAUUUCCAAAAUCAAAAAGAAUGGCAAUUAGAUCAGUUGAGUACAGUUAUUAAUAUGCCACCUUCAACAUUAAGAAGACGGAUUGGAUUUUGGCAAUUGCAAGGCUUAAUAAGAGAAGCUAAGGAAAAUACAUUUAUUCUGUGUGACGAGAAUCAUGAUCAAGCAGGUGAGAUUGAAACAGAAACAAAUGUGGUUUUAGACGAAGAAGAAACGAUGGUAUCAGCAAAUGAUCAGAGAGAGGAAGAACUUCAAGUAUUUUGGUCUUACAUUCUUGGUAUGCUAACAAAUCUUGACUCAAUGAGCCUUGAACGUAUACAUCAAAUGUUAAAAAUGUUUGCAUCGCAAGGUCCUGGAUUUGAAUUUUCUCAAGAAGAACUGAAAAGUUUCCUGCAAAGAAAAGUACGAGAACACAAGCUUGUCUAUUCUUAUGGUGUGUAUCAACUUAACAAGAACUAA